AUGAGGUACACUGGGCAACAGCACAUGAAGAAUUCCGAAAAAUUAGUUACACAAAAGCCUGAAUGGAAACAAAAAACCCAAGUACCUACACAUGUCCACGCCUUCCCUCGCUCCAGCGCUCUUCCGGGGCCGAGGCUCGCUGCUGUCACGGACCUGCACCUAAGGGAGUUAGCCCAGCCAGGUACCUCCGAGACCCCUCAGCUACCAGUCAAGUCACCCCGGCUCUCCGCCUUGCAGAUGCCAUUGCGUGCUGUCGUCACCCAAAGCAAGCAAGCCCGCCCGACACCCUUUCUCCUGACGCGAGCACUGCAUAAUAAGCAAGCUGCGUUUGCGCUUCCCAGUCUCUUGCGUCGGAGUCUCUGCGCAAACAUGACGCUAACUGACAGCGCCUCCCUCCAGACCAAAGCCGCCAACUACAUUGAGCAGCUCGACAAUGCCCGCUGUCGAGGCGAUUGGGCUGCUGUCCCUGAGCUCGUCCGCAAAGUCCGCAAGCACGCUCCCCAGAGAGAAUGUAUACCAUCAACCUAUCCUCAGCUGCCUUUACGAGCAUUUGCUAAUCUGCUCCUUUCUCCAGGCCUCACCCUGACCGCUGAAACCGAAUGUGCCAUUUCCAGUGCGACAACGGGUUCCGAGCGCCCCUCUAUAGCCGCCAUCGUCGAGAAGCUCAAUGUUGACGCCAUCAUACCCAAGCUGCAGGCUGCCAUCGACGGUGAGACGGCCAGCAGGCAGGAUCCCUUUCAGGCUCGUGUGUGUGUCGGCUGGAUGUACUGGGUCGUGGCUGAAUAUACUCUCGCCCUCGACCACCUUCCCGCUGGCCUCGCCGAAGCUGCCCAGGAUGCCCGUGAUACUCUGACCGAGUGGACCAGCGUCUGCGCCAUGAAGUCCGCCUACCUCAGAGCCAAUUGCCUCAUGCGCGACAACGAGCGCCAGUUGGCCCUCGCCGCCUUUCAGUCCGGUCUGCCCUCCCUCGACCGCGUCUGGGGCGGCCAGCCUGUCCACUCCCAGCUCAAGUACUGGUCCGAGCUCUACCUGACCGAGUACUGCAUCUUGACGAGUGAAUCGAUCCGCCAAGGAGACGUCACAUUCGGCCAGCAAAACUCCAUUUCUUGCUUCCGCGCCUGGGCUCGAUACUGGGAGGCCAUGUCGGCUCCCGUCACCGGUGGCUUUGGCUUCAAGGGCUCCGCCACAUCCGUCCCCCGACGCUCAAUAUGGAACGAGUACUACCAGGGGCUCUCCAAGCAUCUUCUCAAUGACGACACAUUUCCUCCUGCCAACCUUGGUAACGUCUCCGCCGACACACCUGCUCGGACUCAACUACGAAUGGAGCUCAAGCGCGUUGAGGCCUCCUACGAAAAGCUUCUCCUGUCUGAGACGACAUUUCCUCGAGCUGACGAACAUCGUGCCGAGGUAGAGCAGUUUGUGAAGCAAGUUAUGGACAAUUGGGCUAUUCUCUGUGGCCGUGGCUGGAGCGAAGGGGACCUUGGCCAGAGCGGUCGUGCCGGCAUCACCCACGGCGUCCUCGAAACAUUGUACAGCGCUGCAACGAAAACCUAUCAUUCUACACUCAUUCUUCGAUCACUAUUCAGCGCCCACGUCGCCGUCGCUGAAUUCGACCUUGCCUUCAAAGCGCUAGACUCAUAUCUUGAAAUCGUAAACAAGGGGAAAGCCCGAGUCGCCAAAACCGGCAUUCCCGAGCCUAGCUUGGACAGCGAUGCUACUGUUUUGGAAACGAUUUCUCAGGCUAUCAUGACCCUUUGCCGCUACGGCCACCACAAAUCUGCAGAAAAGGCUCGCCAGCUUGGUGCUGAGCUCGAAGACUGGCUUGCCAGACUAUCUCAGAACCAGUCUGGCACCGAAUCCAGCAGUUUCGUCCCACCCCGCGUCAUUGCGCUUGCUUGGCAAGCUAUCGGCUUGUCCCAUGCUCAUUGGUCUCGCUCAACUUACGAAGCAGCGUCCCGAACUGAGAUUCAGUCAAAGGCUAUUCGCUGUCUACGGAAGUCGCUUUCUUCUGAAUACGGCAGGUCAAAGGAUACUCGCAGCAUCUUUGCCCUCGGCGUGCUCCUUGCCGAACGCAAAGAACUCUCUUCAGCCCUCGAGAUCGUCCGAGCUACGCUCAUGUCUACUAAACGUGAUGAAAGCAGUAUCAACGAUGAGCUCUACAGUGGCCCGUAUUGGCAAGAGAGAUCACUCAUUUCCAUGUGGCAUCUCUUAGCGCUCCUGCUGAGCGCUCGUCAGGACUAUGCCAUGGCUAACAGAGCUUGCGAUGGCGCCGUCGAACAAUUUAAGGACCCAUCUAUUCUAUUUGGGAAGACGGAAAACUUCAAGAGCGAGCAUCUCAAUGACGCGGAAGCAAAGAGCAUCUCCACAGAAGUGCAAGGUGGGCUGGUUGAUGAGAUGGACGACUUCGAAAAGGAAGAGCUCCUCGAAGUCAAAAUGACGCAACUGGCCCUCAUCGAACUACAAGAUGGCCCUAAUGCAGCAGUCAACGCCAGCUACGAGCUUCUCUCGCUAUUUACACGUCUGUUUGGCAACCUUUCAACCCAACCAGCCACGCACCCUCCGUCUGACGCUGGUUCCAAGACGGCGUCCGGUCGGAGCAGUCUGCGCGGCAGCAUCUUUGCGUCCAAGGAGAAAUCGCGGGCGCUGUCGAGGCAGUCGGACGAGGCUUUGAGAGAUAGGGGCGCGGCACUCCCUAUUAGACCUCCCACCUCUCAGACAGUGGCACCCUCCAUUCAGGUAACAGACGAGACUCCGCGACCACCGACAUCCAGCCGCGCUAGCCUUGGGCCCGGUGACGCCCCUCGACGCAACAGUCUGAAGAAGAGAAAUCGCAGCCAGAGCAGAGGACAAACGACCACCAACGGCACACACAUUGACGGCGAACCCUUCUUCACGCCCAACGGUGACGGCAGCCAGCCCAACACUCCAAGAGGCCCACCAGUCGCCAUGUCGUCCUCGUUCCUCACACGCGAAAAGACAGUCUCUUCAAUCAACUCGCGCGGCUCCAUCAUGUCCAAGGGCACAGAAUUUUCAGAACUCUCUUUGGAAAUGACACAUGUACCAUCACACCUGCUGCCGCUGGUGCAGUUCUCCAAGGACAAGGAGAGGUCCAGACGCACGGCUGUCCUGGUCAAGGUCUGGACAAUGAUUGCCGGCUUCUACCGUCGUGCACAUAUGCUUGACGAGUGCAAAGCUGCCAUUACAGAGGCGCAAAAACUAGUACAGGGUUUGGAAACAGAGGCGAGUCGCGAUCCUUCGGUCACUGGGGCCGCAAGGUCUAGCGUCUGGGCCGAAAAGAAGAGUAUCGAGGCUCUGUGGGCUGAUAUUUCCUCGGAGCUUGGUUUACUCUCAAUUGCCCGAGGCAAGCCUUUUGAAGCCCGGGCCGAAUUCGAGAACGCUCUGACGCAUUAUCCCGACCACCCCGCCGCAACCAUUGGCUUGUCUAAUAUUCUCCUUGAUAUCUACAGCGAGCUGCUUCUUCCCGAACCCGCCAUCCCAGCGCUGACCAACAGCGAGGUGGCUUCCGACCCUGCCAGUGUUGCGCUGCACGAGCAUGCCCGCAAAGCCGCUUGCGCCGCCGCGGGCUCCCUGCCAUCUGUCGCGCUUGGCUUGGGGCCGUUGACCACGAUUGAGGACGAGCCGGCUCUGGCUCCGGGCGCGAAACCGACUCCCGUUUUCAGCCGUGCUAGAGACAGCAGUGACAGCCUCCCUGCGCCCUACAAGACGACAAGCCUGCCACUGUCCGAUCGCCUGGCUGCCCGCGACCGCGCCUACACGCUGCUCUCGGGGCUCACACGGCUGGGCACGGCGUGGGACUCAUCGGAGGCGUGGUUUGCGCUCGCCCGUGCCUACGAGGAAAGCGGACAGCCUGAUAAGGCCAAGGAGGUGCUCUGGUGGUGCGUGGAGCUGGAAGAAUCGAGCGGCGUGCGGAGUUGGCGUAACGUUGCUGCCAACGGCUACAUUGUUUAA